CAAUAAAGUUUUCAGCCAUGUCGUGCAUUUGGUGACUGUAAUGUGACAGUUUUUUUCGAUAGGGUUCGAUAUUAUUUGAUAUCUGUGAUUGUUGUUUUCGUUGUUAGCAAUUCAAAAACAUUUUAAAGUUAGCUUGCGUAACAACUAACGCACUAAUAAUGACAUCCAAAGAAGUCGCCGAAUGUGACGCGGUCGAGAAUAGGAGGCGAAGUCCGUUGGACCAUCUUCCUCCGCCUGCAAACUCGAAUAAGCCACUGACACCGUUCAGUAUCCAAGACAUUCUCAACAAACCAUCCGUGAAACGAAGUUACACCAUUUGUGGGACAGCACACCUGAUUUCAUCGGCUGAGAAGCACCGUUCGUCCAGCAUCUCUGCUCUGGCCAACAGGGCACUGCUCACACAAACCUCACCACUCUGCGCCCUGGAAGAACUAGCCAGCAAAACCUUCAAGGGGCUCGAAGUUAGCGUGCUGCAAGCAGCUGAAGGGAGAGACGGAAUGACACUCUUUGGGCAAAGAAACACCCCGAAGAAGCGAAGGAAGUCCAGGACUGCCUUCACCAACCACCAAAUCUACGAAUUAGAGAAAAGAUUCCUGUAUCAGAAAUAUUUGUCUCCCGCUGACCGAGACCAAAUCGCCCAACAAUUGGGUCUAACGAACGCCCAAGUCAUCACGUGGUUCCAGAACAGGAGAGCCAAACUAAAGCGAGAUCUGGAAGAGAUGAAGGCCGACGUGGAGUCGGCCAAAACUAUAGGUGACGGUAUUGUGCCUCUGGAGAAACUCGCCAAGCUCGCUGACCUCGAGAAAUGCGCCAACGGAACGCUCGGACAUCACCCGCGAGCCGAUUCUCCCGCGCAGAGCGGCGGACGAGAGUACGAGCUCGCUCGCAAGCUGCGGAUGUCCCCCCUGUCGCCAUUUUCAGACCACACAACAAGUAAAGAAUGCUCAGAGGACGACGAAGACCUAGAAAUUGAUGUGGAUGACUGAUUGCGUAGUGGGAUAAUGAAAUACAAAAAUUACGACAAAAAGCAGUAACAAUCCUUACUACGAUUGUAAACUUUUCCCUGCUGAUAUUCGUACAUCAUCUCAGAACAUUUACUAGUCUGUUGUGUCUUUUGUAUCGGCACACAGAUAUUCACAGUAAGCAUGAACAGUACA